AUGAGCCGAGAAUAUGAUGGCAAGGUCGCCUCCUUGCCUCCCGAGACUCUUACUGAUGAGUUCAAAUCAAAAGCCACUUACGUUAAAGUCGACAUAACCGACUUGAGCGCCGUGGGAAAAGCCGUCAACGACGUUGUAUCCUGGGGUGGCCGCCUCUACUACGCCGUCAACGCUGCAGGCAUUUUCCUUGACACUGCCCGUCUCGCCGAUGUAACCCUGUCUGAAUUCACACAGGCCAUCAAUGUCAACCUGGGUGGUGCUUGGAAUAGCAUGCGGGAGGAAAUCCGGGCUUUCCAACGCUUGAAGAUCAAGGGAUCUAUUGUCAACAUCACAUCUGACGCGGGCACUGUUGCAAUGGUGGAUUGCUCGGCCUGCGUCGCCUCCAAGCACACCCUUGUCGGUCUCACCAAGACGGCCGCCCUUGAGUACGCGCGCGAGGGCAUCCGUGUCAAUUCUGUCGCCCCCGGCGACGUCGCUACGCCAAUGCUGGCAGACUUCGGCACUGAUACUGGCCUUGAUGUUGAUGUCCUUGGAUCCAAGCACCCGAUUGGCCGGAUUGGAAGGCCCGAGGAGAUUGCUGAGCUGAUCUGCUUCCUGCUUUCGGACCGGGCCCAGUUCAUGGUGGGCUUGAAUGUCGCGAUUGAUGGCGGUAACACGACCUCAGGCUACUACAUUCUCGAUUAG